CUGGCGGCGGGAGGAGGCGGGAGGAGGCGGGCGGGCGCGCGCGAUGCGCGGGGGGGCGGCCGUCUAGAGCGCGCGGUCGCCGGGGGCGCGCGGGGGCGCACCUGCGGGCGGGGGCCCGGCUGGGCUGGGCGCGGGCCGGCGCGCCAUGGAGCGGGUGGGCGACGCGGCGUGCGGCCCGGCGGGCUGCUACACCUACCAGGUGAGCCGGCACAGCGCCGAGAUGCUGCACAGCCUCAACCAGCAGCGCAAGAACGGCGGGCGCUUCUGCGACGUGCUGCUGCGCGUGGGCGACGAGAGCUUCCCCGCGCACCGCGCCGUGCUGGCCGCCUGCUCCGAGUACUUCGAGUCGGUGUUCAGCGCGCAGCUGGCCGACGGCGCGGCCGACGGGGGCGCGGCCGACGUGGGCGGCGCGGCGGCGGCGGCGGGCGGCCCGGGCGGCAGCCGCGAGCUGGAGAUGCACACCAUCAGCUCCAAGGUGUUCGGCGACAUCCUGGACUUCGCCUACACGUCGCGCAUCGUCGUGCGCCUGGAGAGCUUCCCCGAGCUCAUGACGGCCGCUAAGUUCCUGCUGAUGCGCUCGGUCAUCGACAUCUGCCAGGAGGUCAUCAAGCAGUCCAACGUGCAGAUCCUCGUGCCGCCCGCGCGCGCCGACAUCAUGCUGUUCCGCCCGCCCGGCGCCGCCGCCGCCGCCGCCGACCUGGGCUUCCCGCUGGACAUGACCAACGGGGCGGCGCUGGCCGCCAACGGCAACGGCAUCGCGGGCAGCCUGCAGCCCGAGGAGGAGCGCGCGGGCGCCGCGGGGACCGGCCAGGCCGCGCUGCCCGUGCUGCCCGGCGUGGACCGCCUGCCCAUGGUGGCCGGGCCGCUGUCCCCCCAGCUGCUGGCCUCGCCGUUCCCCGGCGUGGCCUCGGCCGCCCCCCCCCUGACUGGCAAGCGGGGCCGCGGCCGCCCGCGCAAGGCCAACCUGCUGGACUCGGUGUUCGGGGCGCCGGGCGGCCUGCGCGAGCCGGGCAUCCUGCCGUGCGGGCUGUGCGGGAAGGUGUUCACCGACGCGGGCCGCCUGCGCCAGCACGAGGCGCAGCACGGCGUCACCAGCCUGCAGCUGGGUUACAUCGACCUGCCGCCGCCGCCGCGCCUGGGCGACAACGGGCUGCCCCUGGCCGACGACCCCGACGGCCCCCGCAAGCGCAGCCGCACGCGCAAGCAGGUGGCCUGCGAGAUCUGCGGCAAGAUCUUCCGGGACGUGUACCACCUCAACCGGCACAAGCUGUCGCACUCGGGCGAGAAGCCCUACUCCUGCCCGGUGUGCGGGCUGCGCUUCAAGCGCAAGGACCGCAUGUCCUACCACGUGCGCUCCCACGACGGCUCGGUGGGCAAGCCCUACAUCUGCCAGAGCUGCGGCAAAGGCUUCUCCAGGCCCGACCACCUGAACGGACACGUCAAGCAGGUGCACACAUCCGAGCGGCCUCACAAAUGUCAGACUUGCAAUGCCUCCUUUGCCACGCGGGACAGGCUGCGCUCCCACCUGGCCUGCCACGAAGACAAGGUACCCUGCCAGGUGUGCGGGAAGUACCUGCGGGCGGCCUACAUGGCAGACCACCUGAAGAAGCACAGUGAGGGGCCCAGCAACUUCUGCAGCAUCUGUAACCGAGGUUUCUCCUCUGCCUCCUACUUAAAGGUCCAUGUUAAAACCCACCACGGUGUUCCCCUUCCCCAGGUCUCCAGGCACCAGGAGCCCAUCCCGAAUGGGGGAGCAGCGUUCCACUGCGCCAGGACCUAUGGCAUCAAAGAAGGCCAGAAAUGCUCACAUCAGGACCCGAUUGAGAGCUCUGACUCCUACGGCGACCUCUCGGACACCAGUGACCUGAAGACGCCCGAGAAGCAGAGCACCAACGGCUCUUUCUGCGACAUGGCUGUCCCCAAAAGCAAGCUAGAGUCUGACGGGGAGAAGAAGUACCCCUGCCCCGAGUGUGGGAGCUUCUUCCGCUCCAAGUCCUACCUGAACAAGCACAUCCAGAAAGUGCAUGUCCGGGCCCUUGGGGGCCCCCUGGGGGACCUGGGCCCUGCCCUGGGCUCCCCUUUCUCUCCCCAGCAGAACAUGUCUCUCCUCGAGUCCUUUGGGUUUCAGAUUGUCCAGUCGGCCUUUGCUUCAUCCUUGGUGGAUCCCGAGGUCGACCAGCAGCCCAUGGGGCCCGAGGGGAAGUGAGGCGGGGGCUGUGUCCCCACAAACACGGCCGCCAUCGGCCACCACCGGGGACCACUGAGAAAUGCUGUGAACGCGGAGGGAGGUGGCGUCUUUGGGUCCUGUAGCUGAGAGAUUGUUACUUUUUUCUUAUUUUUUUUUUAACUCCCCCCACCCGGCCCUGUCCUGCCGCCCUCUCCCCAGUGGUCUUUAGAAGUAGUUCCUCCUUUGAGACUCUGCAGACCGACUGUGAGGCCGGUGUGGACCAGGGCAGGAAACACUACACGGCCAGGCCGGGAUCUGGCGGGCGGAAGCUGGAAUUCCCGGUGCUCGAAUCCUAGUGACUCCAGCCCCACACCCAAACCUGAUAGCAUUGUGGGGCUUCAGUAACUGUGUGCUCCUAGCCCCUCCCCAUAGCCCUCAAGAGAGAGAGCCCGCCGGGCUCCACCCACUUGUAUGAUGGUUGCCAGCGGGUGUUAAGGAAGCCGGACGCCCAGUGAGUGUGUCCCAUGGAGCAGGGGUGAGUGUCCUCCAGAGCCCUUGGGCCUGAGCCCACUCCGGAGGGCUGGACUUCUCUGAGCCCCCUUCUGGAAGCUAGCAUUUCAGGCUCAGCUGUCGACUGAGGACACCCCCAGCCCAAAUUCCAGUUCUUACGUGAUCUUAACCAUUCGACUCGCUGUUGGUUUGAACUCUAAUGAUGAAGACGACUGUUAUCAUUUUUUAGGACCAGUUGUAGUGAAUUGCUACUGAAAGCUGCCCCAGGUGAUCAGAGCUCUUUGUAAAAGCAGAGUCACACGCUAGGGUUAGUAUUGAACUCUGUUUAGAUGUACCAUAAUUAACUUGGCUAGCUGAUGGUUUGAAGUCUAUGGAAGAAAUAGUUUUAUGCAAAGUUUUUUAAGUGCCAGUCUGGUCAGGGAGGUGGGAGGCUCCAGUGGUGCUGAGAGCCAGGAAAGCGGGGAGGCUGACCGGUGGGGACACUGGGCGCCUUGGCUGUCACCUGCGGCAGGCUAGGGCUACCCUCGUGGUUUGAGAUGAUCUGAUCAGACUGUAUUAAACGUUAGUACAUUA